UGCCAGAGAUAAACAAACCAGGGCAACCGAAACUGAAGCUAAAGUAUGAAUCAGCUGCUGCUGCUCCGUGUUCAAUAUACAGCAACUAAAUAGAAGACACACAGUACACGCUUUUAAGUGUUUUUCUUCCUUAUUCAAAAUAAUCUGCAUUUAUAGGAGCAUGUAACGUUAGCAUCUGGCUAAAUAUCGACCAUUCAUACAUGAUAUUCAUGCAUACAUGAAUAGCGACAUGAUACAUUUAUGAUCAUAUGACCGUAAUCUUAUUGCGUGCUUUUUAGACUUACUUUAUUUAGCAUUUGAAACAUAUUGCACUGUGAAUUAUGUGCAGAAACAGAUAGAAAGUCCAUAACUAAAAUAUAUAGCCGCCUAAUAUUCUGUAGUAUUUAUAAUGACAACACGGAAAAGAAAGAACUCGUUGUUACCUCAAUCCGAAUCUGCCAGCGAUCAGACUGAUGCUGAACCUCUUAAGAGACUCAAUCAGUGUCAGUUUGACACGAACUCUGUGCCUCAGCAUCUCAGCCCUUAUUUCUCAAUGCGAGAGUCCAUCAGACUGACUUACAGCUUCUUCAAUCAGCCUUGCAUUGAUCUGGCAAAGGCCUUUCUCGGAAAGGUGUUGGUGAGGAAGCUAACGGAUGGCACUGAGCUCAGAGGAAGGGUUGUGGAAACCGAAGCAUAUUUGGGUGGGGAGGACAAGGCGUCCCACUCAGCAGGAGGAAAACGCACGGAGAGAAACACUGCCAUGUUCAUGAAGCCUGGGACCAUCUACGUCUAUCCCAUCUAUGGCAUCUACCUCUGCAUGAACGUCUCCAGCCAAGGGGAGGGGGCGGCGGUGCUUUUGCGCUCGCUGGAGCCUCUGAGCGGUCAGGACGUCAUGAGGGGCCUGCGAGCAGCCAAACGCAAGGCGGGAGCCAAAAUCCUUAAGGAAAAAGAGCUCUGCAAUGGCCCAUCCAAGCUGUGUCAAGCACUAGAUAUACAGCGCUGCUUCGACCGCAGGGAUCUGGCCACUGACACCGAGGUGUGGCUUGAGAGGGACCCAGAACGAGAGAUUGAUUGCGCUGGAGAGGUGGUGUCAGCGCCCCGGAUAGGAGUCGAGUCUCAUGGCGAAUGGGCAACCAAACCGCUUCGCUUCUACUUGAGAGGACACCCAUGUGUGAGUGUGCUAAACAGAGAUGCAGAGCGCCAGACGCAAUCCUCCACUGAUCUUCGUAACACUGAGAUGGAAAGGACAGUCUGAGGGAAUGUUGUUUAGUGAUGAAAUCACUCUCUUAAAGGUUCGUUUGCUCAAAAAUGAAUCUUUACUCAAUAUCAAGUCGCUCUAAAUCUGUGUGGUUUUUGUUAUUCUGUUGAACACCAAAGGAGAUGUUUAGCAGAAUGUCCAAGCUGCUCUUAUAUAAUUCAAUAAAUAAUUUCAUAAAA